AUGGCUAAGUUGAAGAAGCAAGUCAAGCGCACCAAAGAAAUUCUGAGCGCAUAUACCCCUCCUCCAAUCUCAGUUGAAUCUCUAUAUAAUGAUAUCGAUUUCAGGAGCACCAUAACACGUGAACAAUUUGAAGAGCUUUGUGCAGAUUUAUGGGAGCAGGCUCUGUCUCCAAUCAAAGAUGUGCUUACGCAAUCAGGCAUGAAAAUUGGUGACGUAUAUGCUGUAGAGCUAAUUGGUGGAGCUACCAGGGUACCGAAACUGCAGGCUAAGCUGCAGGAAUUCCUGGGAUGGAGUGAGCUAGAUAAGCAGCACCUUGAUGUUGAUGAAGCAAUUGUUCUUGGCGCCUCACUACAUGCUGCUAAUCUAAGUGAUGGGAUUAAGUUGAGCUGCAAGUUGGGGAUGAUUGACGGUUCUACUUAUGGUUUCGUGUUUGAAAUAGAUGGCCCAGAUUAUGUCAAAGAUGAAAGUACUGAUGAAGUACUGGUUCCAAGGAUGAAAAAGAUGCCAAUGAAGGGAUGGGUUAGGGUUUGCUGUUGGAUCCAACAUUUUUUUGUUGAUGGUUGUCGUCUGCUCAUGCUCUUGACUGUCGGACUGCUGGGAUCUGUCGUUGUUGUGGUUGUCUUGAUAGUUAUGAUUUUUGUCUACAGUCCUAUUACAGUAAUGCAGAAAAUUCCUGCUCCCCGGGAGGUGAUUACUGUCGAUUGUGCUUGUAUUUUGGCUAUGACAACCACCAUCAACUUUCGGGUAUAG